AUGGAGGCGGCGGCCAAGGCGUUCGAGCAGCACGUGGAGCUGGACGAGGGCGUGCUGGCCACGUCGGCGCCGCUGGAGACCGGCCAGCUGGACCGCGUCAUCCUGCAGGUGAGCGAGGGCCUCGCGGGCUUCCCGGACCUGAGUCAGAAGACGUACGAGCUGCGCACGCAGCUGGUGGAGGAGAAAGCUAUUGGCGCUGCGGCGGCCAUCGAGGGCAUGCUGGACGUGCUCAAGGCUAACGACAAGGCGCUUGAGUACUUCAAGGGCAGCAUCGUGGGAGUGCUGACGGGGCAGCCCUUGCCUCUGCGUCCUCCGUUCUUCGGCGGCACCAUCCCGGAGCCUGCGGCUGAGGCUGUGCCGGGCAGUGCACGCAAGCGGUCGCUGGAGAAGACGACCACGACGGAGUCCGGAGCUGAGGGCAAGCGGCCAAAGGCCAACGGAAAGCAGGGCGAAGAUUCCCCUGAUGAUGUCGCUGCGCCGCCUCUGAGGACCGCGUUGGCGGAGGAGACCAAGUACGAGUCGGAGGAGGCGAAGGCCCAAGCCAUUAACCCCACCUACACGAUCCCGACGCAGUGGGAGCACUUGUACUUUAAGCAGGUAGAAGUGAUCAACAUUAACAACAGCCUCGCCAAGGAGAAGAUCCAGGCGAAGCGGUUUGCCGGUGAGCCCUUCUUGCUGGAGGGCCACACUGGCUGGCUCAAGUUCGCCGAGGGGUGGGUCAAGCCGGAGGGCACGCUGGACUCGGCAAAGUUCCUGGACGGCAUUCACGACGUGAAGGUGCCCGUGCUGGAGCGCAACUACGAGGAGCGGAACCCGAUCAAGACGCAUCUGCCGCUGAGCUACUACGUGAAGAACUACUGGGAACACGGCAAGUCGGACUACUACCUGCACCAGUGGCAAUUCCCGCUGGACCCGAAGGCCGGACAACUUCUGUGCUACAAGUGCGAAGAGCUGCCGGUCCUCGGAGACAACUUGUUGCUCUAUUGGCUUGACGCUGUGCGUGGCGACAACCCGCUGCAGUACCUGUUCAUGGGCCAGAAGAGCACAAGAAGUCGCAUGCACCUGGACCCCGGCGGUCUUGGCAUCACCAUUGCCCCUAUCAUUGGCACGAAGCGUGUCACGAUGCUGCACCGCCAGGCAGCCAAGCUUGACUCGGUUCAUGAGUCUGUCAACUUCCACGAGGUGGAUCUGGAUAAAAUGCCUCAGCUGGCGUUCUUGCCUGCGUGGCGGGUUGACGUGAAGCCAGGACAGAUCCUGUACAUGCCUGAAGGCACACUGCACGCGUGCGAGAAUGUCACGGCGUGUCUGUCGUACCACCGCUUCCACGUGGAUACCGUGAACCUCACGGGCUUCUUGCGGUCCUUUUUGGCUCAGGACUCGCCUACGAUUAACCAUGCUGAGAUCCUUUGGAACGCCGCGCACGAUGUUAUGUCCGCUUUGGAGGAGGCUUACCACGCUAACAACCAGGUUCUGGACAAGGAAGUCUCCACGUUGCGCAAGCUGGAUACGCUGCGCGGUAUGCGCCAUGCUUGCCGCAUGCUGUCACUGGAGCAGGUCUUGCCUACGGAGGACUCGUGGGACUGGAAAAAGCUUCUGGACGACAUUGACCACCUGCUGGUCCGUGUUGAUUCGAGCGCAAAGCUGAACAAGAAGAAGAACUCGACCCACGGAUCGACGUUCACGAAGGCGAUGGCCGCGCUGAACGGCGAGGAAGCAGCUGAAGCGAAGCAGAUUAUUGAUGCGGCUGCGAACAAGAAGAAGCUGGCCAAGGUUAAGGCGGAGGCUUCCGCUGCAAGCACCCACUGGGACUCGCUGAACCUCAAGGUGGGCGACAUCAUUGGCGUGCAGGUCUUCGAGAAGCGCAACCGCGCUGAGGUGCUUAAGGUGGUGCACGACAAGGUGCUGGUGCAGAUCCACUACUCGGACUGGGAGUCCAUCUACGACGAGUUCCUGCCGGUGUCGUCUCUCUACCAGCGCAAGAAGGGUAAGAAGGUCGCGCUGAAGAAUACGCCCGAGGUGCACGAGCCGGUGAUGGCCCGCUGGGGCAGCAAGGGCGACCUGUACAACGCCAUCGUCCUCAAGGUCAUCCGCACGAACGCCUGCUACGUGCACUACCUCAAGUACGAGAAGGACUGGGACCAGUGGAUCCUGCCCGGCCACAUCUUCCGCAAGUACAACCACGCGUAG